CUACUUUCUACCAUGUAUAUAUAGAAUUGGCCCCGAGAUCCCCAUUUAAGCGACAGCAGCAAUGAGCAAUGCCUUGCCGGCGGCUCUCUUGCGGCCCUCGUGCGCCGCCCUCCGAUCCUCCCCACCCAUAUCCUAUCAAUGGAACACAGUGACGCAGGCGUUUGCGCGACAAUUCUGCAUUCCUCAUCAAUCUCGAUGUCUCCAAUCGGCUUCAUCUGCUAGUGCACUAUAUGCAUUGCAUUCUCAACGAACCCUCCUCUCAUUCAGACAGUCCCGCUCCUUCUCUUCAACCCUUCACUCCACCGCGUCCGUCUCAAAUACCCCUCUUAACCCCCCAACACCUCCUCCUACUGCUCCGAAAAAGCGAGUUGUUAAGAUUGGCCCGCUGCCUUCUGGAGAUGUCAGCACUGCGACCCUCAACACAAUCUUCGGACCCAACGUUUCCCGCCUCGACGGAAACCAUGCCCUCCGCAUUCUUCACCACCGCCGCGUUUCCGGCUCCCUUGCUGACUAUGGCGUCGACAACAUAAAAACACAGAGCGGCGUCUUUAGCCGCAAUCUCGCUCUGAAGGGUUUGGAAUGGCUGCGUGAGGAAUUCCCCGUGGACGAGGCCCGCGCCGCCCAGGAGUGGGCCGAGAAGGAGGCAAAUCGCAUUGCGUAUGAAUUGUGGUUGGCGCACCCAGAUAACGCUGACUCGAAAUAUAAUGAUCCUGCACGCGUGUUUAGAGACCAGCAAAAAGAGAUUGAGGAAUUGAAUAAGAAGAGUGAAGAAGAAGAAGGCUCCAGGAUCGGCAUCCUCCACCAUGGACCCUCGCAAUUCGAACGUAACAUUGAGAGGAAGAGGCAGGAGAGGCUAGAAGCCAUCACGAAAAAGGCAGAGGAGAAGGAAAAGAAAGAGAGAGAGGAUAUGGUGAAGCUGGAAAGUGGGGAGUGGGUGAGGACACCUGGAGGCACGGGUUUAAUGAAACCGGGCCAGACAACCUAUGUGGAUCUUUUCGGGAAGGAAAUGGUUGAUACGGGUAGAGAGUAUCGGGAGAGACAGGAAAAGAAGUCGCAAUCAGGAUUCGCGAGCGAGGAGGAGAUGCGAAAUGCGACAACCCUGAGCCAACGUCUCAUCCCCAUGACCGCCCUAGUCUUAUUCACCGUCGCCGCAUGCUAUGUUUUCGCCACUACCUACAUUCCACCAAAUUCUUCCCACCGUCUCUGGCCAGACCUCUCACCCACCACCGCCACCCUCGCCGGCAUCGUCGCAAUCAACAGCCUGCUUGUUAUAGCCUGGCGUCUUCCCUUUCUCUGGCCUCUUCUAACAAAACACUUCAUGCAUGUCCCCGGUACCCCGCGCGCACACCAAGCCGUCACAAACGUCUUUACGCAUGUCCAAAUCGACCACUUCCUGAUGAACAUGCUAUGGAUGGUCAUAGUCGGAUCCGCCUGCCACGACCUCGUAGGUCGAGGCAUCUUCUUGGGAACCUAUAUCUCCGCCGGCGCCGUCGGCUCCCUCCUCUCCCUCUACUGGGCGAAUCUCGGUCGAGGAAGCCUCUCUGCCCACUCUGUCGGAGCAUCUGCCGCUGUCUGGGGCAUCGCAUCGCUUCUCGCUCUCCUAACUGAGAAGAACACUAUCAAAGUUCCAAUAGUCAAAGAUAUGGAAACCCCAUUUUAUCCGAAAUUGCUCUGGGCUGCGUUCGUCUUGUCGGAGAUUGCUGGGUUUGUGAGAGGAAGGAACGUGAAGGUCGAUUACAUGAGCCAUUUUGGAGGUAUAUUGACCGGUGCUGCUGUGGCGGGCUGGAUGAGAUACAGGGGGUGGGACGGGAAUGAUGCGUUGGAUGGUGUGCAGGAGAGGGCGGGGAGUGGUGAUAAGGUGGUUGAUAUUGGGGCGAUGGUGAAAGAGGAGGUUAAGGAGAUCAAGCAGGCUGUUACUAAGGGGGGAAAGUAA